AUGGGCGGCACCUGCGUGCGGCUGUGCGCGCACCUGCGGCGCUGGCUGCCCUGCGCGGGCCGGGAGCCCGAGAAGCCGCUGGUGAUCGCGAACCCGGGGGCCCGCGCCCGCCCCGACGCCGCCCCGACGCGGGGUCCGCAGCCCGGCGGCGGCCGCUACUUCGUGGCGCUGUUCGACUACCGGGCGCGCACGGCGGAGGACCUGAGCUUCCGCGCGGGCGAGCGGCUGCAGGUGCUGGACGCGUCCCUGGAGGGCUGGUGGCUGGCCCGGCGGCUGGACGGGCGCGGCGAGGGGCGGCCGCAGGGCUACGUGCCCUCCAACUACCUGGCGGAGGACCGGAGCCUGCAGGCGGAGCCGUGGUUCUUUGGCGCGAUCAAGAGAACAGAAGCGGAAAAACAGCUGUUAUAUUCAGGAAAUCAGACCGGUGCCUUUCUAAUCAGAGAGAGUGAAAGCCAGAAAGGAGAUUUCGCCCUUUCAGUUUUAGACGAAAGGGUUGUGAAGCACUACAGAAUCAGAAGAAUGGACGAAGGGGAGUUUUUCCUUAGCCAGAAAAGAACGUUUCCAACGCUGAAUGAGUUUGUGAGCCACUACACCAAGACAAGCGACGGCCUGUGUGUCCAGCUGGGAAAGCCAUGUUUAAAGAUACAAGUGCCAGUGACUUUUGAUUUGUCGUAUAAAACCGCGGACCAGUGGGAGAUAGACCGCAGCUCCGUGCAGCUCCUGAAGCGGUUGGGAUCUGGCCAGUUUGGUGAAGUGUGGGAAGGCCUGUGGAACAACACCACUUCAGUAGCAGUAAAAACAUUAAAACCAGGUUCAAUGGAUCCAAAUGACUUCCUGAGGGAGGCACAGAUAAUGAAGAACCUAAGACAUCCAAAGCUUAUCCAGCUUUAUGCUGUUUGCACUUUAGAAGAUCCAAUUUAUAUUAUUACGGAGUUGAUGAGACAUGGAAGUCUGCAAGAAUAUCUCCAAAAUGACGCCGGAGCAAAGAUCCACCUGAACCAGCAGGUAGACAUGGCCACACAGGUUGCCUGCGGGAUGGCUUAUCUGGAGUCCCAGAACUACAUUCACAGGGACCUGGCUGCCAGGAAUGUCCUGGUUGGGGAGCACAAUAUCUACAAAGUGGCAGAUUUUGGACUGGCAAGAGUUUUUAAGGUAGAUAAUGAAGACAUCUAUGAAUCCAAACACGAUAUAAAGCUGCCAGUGAAGUGGACUGCGCCUGAAGCCAUUCGUACUAAUAAAUUCAGCAUUAAGUCCGAUGUGUGGUCAUUCGGAAUCCUUCUUUAUGAAAUCAUUACUUAUGGCAAAGUGCCUUACAGUGGCCUGACAGGUGCUCAGGUAAUCCAGAUGUUGGGUCAAAACUAUAGACUCCCUCAACCUCCUAACUGUCCGUCCCAGUUCUACAACAUCAUGUGGGAGUGCUGGGAUGCAGAGCCGAAGAACCGGCCCACAUUUGAGGCCCUGCUUUGGAAAUUUGAAGACUAUUUUGAAACAGACGUUUCAUUUUCGGAUUACAAAUAACUUCGGAAAAUGAACACCGAAGAAGAACAUUUAAUAAUGAAGUAACAAAGGAGUGCAAUAAUCAGUCCCGAAGUGCAACCUGAUUAAUCAACUGCCAGGAGAGCUAACCUCGACACGCGCAAGGGAUGGGGUCAACCGGGCCACGUACUAUGAGAAAGAUUCUAUGUGCGUUUUAUUGACUGGGCAACACCGCAGGACAGUCUCCGAUGGCGUCAAAAUCAAACACAUCAGCACAGCUCUUUUCCUUUUAAAAAAUACUUACAUUUCUAUUUAUUGUUUGAAAUACCGAUCAAGAGGAUCAACAGAUGAUAGUCAAUUUUUACUCAGUGACUGUUGUAGCAUUUUCCUGUUUACUGAUUAAAGUGGUUAUUCAUUAUUCCUCGGGUUGCUGCAUCCCAUCAGCCUGUUAUUAUGAAGGAAUCUGAUUGCUCUGCUGCACAGCAGGACCUGUGCUUUGAGAUUUUUUUUUCCCCCUUUUAAAAUAUCCUGUGACUACAAUGAUGGUAAAGCCAUGUUAAAUGACUUGAUUGUACUUGGAGUAAUUGCACAUAUUUUUUUCCCUAUGCAUAAAAAAAUGAAACAGCUGUUGCGAAAAAGAAUGAAAAUUUCUCUCAUUUUGUAGAAGGAAAUGAUGGGAGUUCUCUAUACCUCAGUAUGUGUGAUCUGAGAAUCAUCCACAUUAGUUUUAAUCUCCUAAUGUUAAGAAUCGGAUUGCAAGGCGGAUGAGUUAUUAUCUAUGGAAAUAUGUGAGAAACAUUGAAUAGCCCGCAAAACCUGAGAAAUAAGGAUAAGAUAGUUUGGGAAAAAUGAAAGGCGAGCACUAGGACUGCUGUGGCUCAGGUUUCUGAGUAAUCCUAAAACGAUGGACCUUUGGCGAGUGGGACGGAGCUUUAAAUGGAUUACAGUCCAGGUCAAGCCCAGUUUUAGAUCCAGAGGCUGGGAAUAGAGUCCGACCCUGGUUAUGGAGCCGUGUUUUCUGUCUGGUAGGACAAGAGGGCUUUGCUCCUCUCAAGUGGGCACGGACCUUUGUAAGGAUGUUACUGUGUCGAGCUUUGUGCCCCAUUAGACGCCGAGGAUGGGUCCUGAAGAUCAAGUGCUAUUCAGAGGUCUGCGCUGUGGAGCCACAUGCACUGAACAGGCCCCCAGGAAACCGGCUUUGAAGUCUGUUCCAUCACCUUUGGAGCAGAAGGGCCCACGGGAACAGUGGUGGGGCCACGCUCCAGGCGGGUGACGCCCAGGCCCCCCUGUGCUCCCCGCGGCCUGGGGGACACGGGGCUCCGGGCAGCGGGCCAGUGGCCCUCGAGCGACAUGGCGCCACUGCCCUGCACCUGUCCGCCCCCCACGGCCGUCCCCGCUGUCACUGUGGGAAGCCUCUCCUGUCCUCCUUGCAGGGGCACCACCGGUCUCGGGGCGCCUGGGCGGUGCAGUGGGGCAGGUCUCCCCGACUCCUGCGUUCAGCCCCGUGGUGCUCUCGGGGUCGGGAGAUCGAGCCCCGCACCGGGCUCUGGCCCGGGGAGUCCCCUUCUGCUCCUCUCCCCCGGGCUUUCUUUCUCUCGAAUAAAUACAUAAAUAAAUCUUUAGA